AUGGCUGAAGCAACCCAGGCUCGAUAUGAUAAUCCGGAGGACGUCAUAUGGGAUACGUACCUGAAAGCAUCCAAGCACGAAGACGAGACCCGCCCGAAGAAUUGGGAAGGAAGUACAACCGGCAUCCUAACUUUCACCGGUCUGUUUGCUGCAACCGUUGCGGCCUUCAUCAUCGAAAGCUACAAGUUACUCUCACCGGACCCCAGCGACCGGACGAACGCGCUGCUAGAGCAGCUUUUCAUCGCGAUGGCGAACACCUCCUCAAACAGUCCAGUGAUUGUCCCAGCUACCGAACCCUUUUCCGUUCCAAUAUCUGCCACCAUUACCAACUCUUUCUGGUUCUCUAGCUUACUCAUCUCCCUCAUAUGUGCCAUGCUGUCGACCCUCGUUCAAGAGUGGUCUCGAAACUACGUACAGGACAUCAACAGGCAUACCGUGCUCCACGAGAGCUUGCGAGAUCGCGCGUUCAAUCACAUAUACAUACGGAUGGGCGUCGAUCGUUAUGGGAUGGACCAGUUCGUGUCCUGGAUAGUCGCUUUGGUGCAGCUCGCCGUAGUCCUCUUCGCCUGCGGGCUCGUUGUCUUCCUCUUUUCCAUCAACUCCGCCGUCGCCGCCGUCUCCAGUGCCGUUCUCGGGACAUCCCUCGUCAUAUAUGUAUUCGUCAGCCUGCUUCCCUUGUCGGAUAGGAGCUGCCCUUAUCGGACGCCAGUCUCGUACAUCAUGGCAUUUCUAUACUAUGUCGGGUUUUGGUGCAUGUUCAUGAUUCUACGAAUACCAUGGGACGCCGGGAGCGAUUUCCGCAACAUUUUGACGAGAGAACACUCGGGGUUUGCAUUGGACUUUCUAACGGACGAACGUUCGAGCUUCAUGUGGGAACACACGAUCCCGCAUGUCGGGGCAGCGAACAGCCUGCUGUUUCUCAAAGGCUUGUCUUCUCUCAUCGGCUUGCACAAGGACCACGCAGCCUUUCGAAGUCGUCUAUGUGCAGACCCGCGUUUCAUCUAUGACAUUCUUCGAAGCCUCCUGUCUGAGCAAUUUAGCCUGGAAAAGGACGGUCACCGGACAUCAGCGUCCGCGGUGGACCCCUGGAUAUACAGGCUGAUAGCCAAGCUCUCGGAGAGGAUGUUUGUGCUGGAGGUAGAACAUCAUGGAGAACACCUUGAGAUCCCGCAUACAAGCUCGAUGCUUCUGAAGGCGAUUGGCGACGUCCUGCGGAUAGCCGAGCUCAAAGGGCCCUCACACCUUUUUGCUCAAUGCUGCCUCGCGUAUGUGCGACGGAGCCUCUUGGUUCUCAGCUCCAGAGCGUACGAGAAGAACAUGGAUGUUGUACAGGACAGCAAGGUGUGGUAUCUCUUCAAUGACUUAUCGUCUCAUGACUUCCGGCUAGGCAACCACCAUCCGAUAGGCAUUCUUCUGUUGCUCAUAACUGGAAGCUAUAGCCGGUCCGAGCAGUGGGGAAACUCGCACGAGUCAUGUUUAGUUCCCUUGCACAAGGACUCCUGUUGUGCAGACUGGCGGCAUGCUCUGACUCGGAAUGGUCUCGCACAUGUAGCGGCGUGUAACGCGCUCUCGCUCGUCGCAUUCAUACUGGAUUCUCCAGAUGACCAAAGAACUCACCCUGACGAAUUCCUCCUUCGGACGAUCUGGGGUCUAGAGGGGUGGGAUAAGAUGCUCAAGAUGCCGCAGGAGGAAAAGCGUAUGCCUUCGACCGAGUUCGUCGCCCUUUUACGCUUGGCAGGCCUAGACGAAUGGAUGGAACCCGGGAGCUCGUUUGACUCUAAGCCGCGAGAAGGUCCCCAUCGCGGGUUUCUCACUCGUACGCCGCUGGGUAAAGAGAUCCCCGACGUCCUUCGGGCUCUCGCACGGCACGUAGACUUUGCUGCAUAUCGCGAGCGACCACCGACGCCGCCGCCCGAUGCACUACACGUGCCGAAUCCUGACUCAAUCUUCUUGAAUGGGCACAACACCACGCCAGAUAAAGCAGGCAAUAUGGCCUGGUUCGCAGAAGUCCCCACUAUAGAGGAUGACGGGGUCUUCAUACCGGCAGAUUACGAGACGAUGGACAUAGAUCUGUCUGAUCACUCUGACAGCCAGGUUAACGCCAUCAUGCUCGACCGGGCUCCUUUGGAGAGACUCGAGGCUCUACUGCAUUGGGCCAAGACGGGCGAAGGGAUGGGGCCCUCUACCGCACCGGCGCUGAGGUCUGAUCCACGCAGCAGUAGAGAUAUCCCUGAUGAGACGGCCGACGAGAAACAACAACCAAGCCAGCCCAUGGAGAUCCAAGAAGUCGUUCAUCCGGACACUGGUCGCCCCGCUACACCGGCGUUACGGGAAGUUGUUGUAGACAACGACCAUGAUGGACUCGAAAAGGAGGCGCACACUGCAGAGGAUGACUAUCAUGCAAAUGUCCUCAGGGCUCUCAUGCGGCGCGACAGCAUGUAA